AUGAAACUGCAAGACAUUUCCCUCACCCUCCCCCACAAACCCUCAGCCAGUCUGCGCAUUUCAGCCCUCUUCCCUGGGACAUCCAUGUCCACGUCGAACUUUGCAGACUCCUUACCAGACAUCGCAGCAGCUUUACCACCCUCAUCAACCCUCCUCGUCUUCCUCAACGGCCUCAUCCUCCCUCGCUCUUCGUGGUUUGAGGCCAUCUCCCGCUUCUUGCGCAUCCGCGACAAGCAGCGACGACGUGCAUAUGAAGAUGGGAUACAUGUACCCGAAAUCAUGAAAAUCCCCAACAUCCUCACCUACGACCGCUUCGGCCAAGGUGCCUCCGAUCCCGAUCCAAGUGAUCCCGAUCCGGCCGUGGACGACACGCCUUAUGGACAUACACCAGAGGACGUGGUGGAUGACUUGCACCAGAUGCUGCUCCUCGUCUCUCGCCAGUUCCUGGCUCGGGACCUGAAGGGGCUGGACGUGGUGAUAGUGGCGAAUAGCAUUGGCUGCCCCCUCGCGCGGCUCUACAAUGGUCGCUACUUCCCUGACGUGCGGGUAGUCGGGUAUCUCUUUCUCGAUUCGAUGAUGGCCAACUCGGACUUUGUUUCCGUGUUUCCCGAUCCGGACGCGCCUGGGUUUGAUCCUGCCAAGGAUUUGAGAGAAGGGGUGGAUGAGGAGGCGUUGAGGUGGACAAGGAAGCAGUUUAGAGAGAAGUUCCAUCCGAGUGUGGGAAAUCCGGAGAGGUUGGAUCGGAGGGGGUUGAGGGGUCUACUUCCGUUCUCUGACAAGCCGAGGCUUAGAUUACCUGUGGAUGAGCAGGACCAAGGCACAACGAGGGAAGGGGCGAGGAAACGGAUUGCCAUACCAAGGGUAAUAGUCAUUGGUCAUGAUUGGGACGUCUUUGCAGAGCAUAACGAAAAGGGCCCAAUGUCCAUCCCCAAAGCUGUCAUCAACGGGUACAUGAACCCGGCCUGGCAGCGGUACAACGAGGGGUUGACCCGUCUGGCGGCGGUCGACAGUGAGAGUGAUGGUGACAAGAAUGUGGUGCCGGUCAAGAUUGCCAAGGGCUGUGGGCAUUUUAUCCAAAAGGACGACCCAGAGAUGGUGGCGAGGGAGGUGGAUUUGUUGUUGAGGCGUCUUGGGCUAUAG